AUGUACCAGGGUUUGGCGAACCCACCGCCUUACACGGCGCACCCGGACCCGGUGGGGAGCUUCCUGCACUCGGCCAGUUCAGCGGUUUACGUGCCGGGCUCCCGGCUGAGCGGGGCUUUCCCAUACCCCCAGCAGGCCAGCCCGCUGUCCCCACACCCAGCCUGGGCUCAGGCACCAGCGACGGCGGGCAGCGGAGGGCAGGAGGCCCCGUGUAGCCGCCACUCCUCCUCCUCCUCCUCGUCCUCCUCCUCCUCCUCCUCCAGCCCUCCCGGAGUCUCUCCCCGGGAGACCGCCUUCAGCAGCCCGCUCGCCAUCUCCUCCGCCGCCGCUGCCGCCGCCGCCGCCGCCGCCGCUGCCGUCCGGGACCAGGUCAGCAUCAGCUGGACCCUCAGCGGCUCCUUCCCCAACCACUACCCGCAGUACAUGAGCUCGGAGGCGGCCAGUGCCUGGAGCCCGGCUCCAAUGGAGAAUCCUGCCUUCAGCUUGAUCCCAGCUCGCAGGCACGGCGAAGAAUUGCUUGAUGAUGUCCUUGAGGGCCGAGAGUGCGUGAAUUGUGGUGCUAUGUCCACGCCUCUGUGGCGGAGAGAUGGAACUGGCCACUAUCUGUGCAAUGCAUGUGGACUCUAUAACAGAAUUAAUGGAAUUAAUCGACCCCUUAUCAAACCUCUGAAACGGCUGUCUGCAUCUCGGAGAGAAGGACUCUCCUGCUCUAACUGUCACACCACUACUACCACUCUGUGGCGUCGUAAUGCUGAGGGGGAACCUGUCUGCAAUGCCUGCGGACUGUACAUGAAGCUCCAUGGGAUACCACGACCUUUAGCAAUGAAGAAAGAGGGAAUUCAGACCAGGAAACGCAAACCAAAGAAUGUGAACAAAGACUCCCCUUCUGCAGUACCCUUCUCAAGUGUGCCAACCACCCCUAGUAGCACUGCUGCUGGAGCUUUAGAACUUAUCACACCAAAGACUGAACCAGGUCUUUACUCAUCUGCGUGCAGAAUUCAGAAGGUCAGCUCACAGGACACUUCAGUGACAGGUGACAAUAACCUUCGCUUCAGUAUUCCAUCUCUAAAACUGACAAACCCAGGUGAAGCAGCCACAAGUAGAGAUUCCAAGGGAGGCAAACCUUAUCCCUGGGGCAACAUGGAUCUAGUCUGACACUAAAGUGACCUCCAAAACAAUUCUCCAAAAGCUACACAGAUGGAGUAUGCAACUGAGAUUCAGUUUAUCAGAACGAAAACUGGAAAUGAUAAAAAGAAGAUAAGAGAAUGCCAGGAAAAAAAAAUCAAAUGGAGUGCUGGAUCAUAUUGUGUUAUAAUUUUAAAAAUUGAGUAUGCAAAAAUUAUGUCUUAAUGCCAAGGCUGAGCACCACUUAAAUUCACUGUCUAGGUGACCUUGGUGCAAUUCUGAUCCAACAUUGUUAGUAAUUAAGUGCCUUUUUCUUGGACCAUCACUUGCUUUAUGCCUCUGGCUUUCCACUUGACAAUGGAUAUUUUGGCGUGUACUCCCUGGACAGUUGCAGCUAUGGGACAGUUUGAAC